AUGUGGGUUCUACUCCUGUGUCUGGGGGGAGCGUGGGCCGCCGCCGCCGCCCCCGUCACCACGGCAACAACGACACAAGCCCCGCCCACUCAGGACCACAGCACACAGCUCGUGGACUGGCUGCUGAAGUAUGGGUACCUGCCGGCCCCGGACUCCUCCACGGGGCAGCUCCAGGCCUGGACCACAGUCACCAGUGCUGUCCGCUCCAUGCAGAGGUUCGCUGGGAUCAACGAGACCGGAGUCCUGGACGAGGAGACUCUGGCUCUGAUGGAGACUCGUCGCUGCUCUCUGCCGGACCAGGAGGAGCCUCCAGGGGGUGCCACACUCCUCAGACUGAGGAGCAGGAGGAGCAGGAGCAGGAGAAGCGAGGCGGGGGCCACGUGGAGAGGGUCCAACAUCAACUGGAGGCUGCAGUCGUACCCGCCCUCUCUGCCCCGGGACACUGUGCGCUCUCUGGUCUACUAUGCCCUGAGGGUCUGGGCCCAGCCCACCCCCCUGGACUUCCAUGAGGUUGGUCUUGGGGCCACAGACCUCCAGGUCGACUUCCACCACGGUUACCACGGAGACGACUACCCCUUUGAUGGCGUGGGCGGCGCCGUAGGCCACGCCUUCUUCCCCUCGGACCCACUGAGGGCUGGGGGGGUGCACCUGGACUCAGAGGAGGAGUGGGCCUUCAGGCAGACAGCUGCAGAGGGCACAGACCUGUUCACGGUCCUGCUGCAUGAGUUGGGACACGCCCUGGGCCUCUCCCACUCCUCGUCCCGACACUCUGUGAUGAGGCCCUACUACCAGGGGCCGGCCGGGGACCCCCUGCACUACCGCCUGGGGCCCUCAGACCUGGAGAGCAUCACACAGCUCUAUGGGAAGAGACGGCAUCAGCAGAGCACUGACUCUGACCUGGACUCCUCCCAUCAGCUCCGACACAAGCCUCACCCUCACCCCCCCCACCCUCACCCUCACCCCCACCACAGGGAGCACAAUGAUCGCUGCAACACCUCCUUUGACGCCGUGGCCAAGAUCAGGGGCGAGACAUUCUUCUUCAAAGGGCUGAGCAUGUGGCGUGUGAGCAGCUCUGGUCUGGUCUCGUCCCGGGCGGCCGCGGUCCGGAGGAUGUGGAGGUCUCUGCCUCUGGACCUGAGGCUGAGUGCGGUCCUGGAGAGGCCUUCGGACCACGCCAUCCUCUUCAUCAGCGGUUCACAGGUGUGGCUCUUCCGGGACCUGUCGCUGCAGGACGGAUUCCCCGCUCCUCUCUCCUCCCUCCACUCAGAGCUCAGGGAGGAGCAGGGGGAGGAGCAGGGGGAGCAGGGGGAGAGGCCAGGGCUGAGGUGGGACCCCCAUCAGGGCCUCAGCUGGGGGAACACAGGAGCAGAGACCCCGGCAGCUGACGGAGAGUGGACCCGUCUGUUGGAGUGCGGGGUCAGCGGCAUCACCACAGACUCUCAGGGAGCUGUCUAUCUGUUCCACGGCGCCUCCUACUGGAAGUUCCCGUCGCCUGGUUCUUCUCCGGAGGUGGGAUUCCCUCGCUCCAUCGGCGCAGACUGGCUGGACUGUCCUGACCCUGGGACUCCCUCUGCAGCCCUGCCUCUGCCCACGCCUCCAGCAGGGGGCAGACACGAGCUGAGGGAGGGCAGGGGCCAGGGCGGGGGCCAGGGCAGGGAGCGAGGAGGACCAUGGGGCAGAGAUGACAAAGACUGGACUCACUGCUGGUGUCAGAGCCGAGCGACAGACUGGACUGGAGAGACCUUGAUCCUGGUUUGGACUUUUGGAGGUCUGCAGUCGACAGGUCCUUUCACUGAACACACCAACCCCAGACCCUCGGACCCCAGACCCUCGGACCCCAGACCCUCGGACCCCAGACCCUCGGACCCCAGACCCUCGGACCCCAGACCCUCAGACCCCAGACCCUCGGACCCCGACACUCGGACUCCGUCUGGACUCUGCGGCUGA